CGACCAAACCAAGUCUUUCAUAAUGUGAACAUUCCAUUAAAGUCAGUCCCUAUGAAACUUUGAUAAGUUUUUGAUUAUUCAAUCUAUCAAAUUUCCUUCCUAUAGAUACUUCUUCCAAUUUUCCAUCUUUCAGACCCAAUAGUCUCAAAUUUACUACAUAAAAUGGGAAUUUCUCGUAAGAUUCUUGUUGUUAUUAUUAUCCAUCUCUUGUCAAUAUGUACCUUAGUUCAUUCUACGACCAACGAGACAGAUCGACUAGCUUUGCUCGACUUCAAGGCUAAAAUUACCGAAGACCCUCUCGGUAUCAUGAGUGCUUGGAAUACCUCUCAUCAUUUUUGCGAAUGGCGCGGCGUUGUAUGCGGGCGUCAACAUCGCCAAAGAGUUACAGAAUUAGAUCUACGCCUCCUUAAACUUUCAGGUUCUAUAUCGCCACAUAUUGGCAAUUUAAGCUUUCUAAGAAUAUUGUAUCUCAACAACAAUAGCUUCAGCUAUGAGAUUCCGCCUCAAAUUGGCAGUUUACGUAGACUGCAAGCAUUGUAUCUUUCCUAUAACUUACUUAGCGGCAAAAUUCCUUCUAACUUAUCUGCAUGUUCUAAUCUUAAUUAUUUGUACUUACGGGGCAAUGGCCUGACUGGUGAAAUCCCUUCAGAGCUUUUCUUGUUGACAAGGCUGAAAGAAUUAGUUUUGGGUCGAAAUAAUUUAGUCGGAACUAUCCCUCUGUCUAUUUCAAAUCUAACAUCUCUUGAGUUUCUCUACCUGUCUGGAAACAAUUUGCAUGGAGUUAUACCUGAAUUCAUAGGUCAACUAAAGAAUUUGAAAGUAUUAGCUCUUGGUAUUAAUCAAUUUUCAGGCACCCUCCAUUCUUCAAUCUUUAAUCUCUCUUUGAUUCAAGUUAUAGACGUGGGUGGCAAUUAUUUACAGGGAACUCUCCCGGCGAGCUUAGGCGAUUCUCUUCCAUAUCUUCGAUUCUUUUCGAUUUUUAGAAACCAAUUCAGUGGAUCCAUUCCAUCUUCAGUUUCUAAUGCAACAAAUUUGGAAAAUUUUCAAGUAACCAAUAAUACGCUUACGGGAACUAUACCUUCGUUUGAGAAGUUGAAUAAACUUUCAUAUCUUGGGCUUGGAAUCAACCAUUUUGGAUAUGGAAAAGAUGACGACUUGAAGUUUCUAUAUGGCUUGACUAAUGCCACUGAUUUAUUAGAUCUAAAUAUGGGCUCUAACAAUUUGGGAGGGACGCUGCCUGAACAAAUUGCUAACUUUUCGCGUAAACUCGAGUUGUUCAACAUCAACAGCAAUGAAAUACAUGGAAAGAUCCCGACUGGUAUAGAGUCUCUUGUAAACUUGAACGUAUUCACUGCUUUAUGGAACAAUCUCUCAGGUACUAUCCCGUCUGGUAUUGGAAAGCUCGAGAAUUUAGUCUUUCUUUCUUUGUAUGGAAAUUAUUUAGUUGGAAAUAUUCCAUCAUCUUUAGGAAAUUUGACAAAUUUGAUUGCAAUACAUUUAUCUUUCAAUCAGCUUAAAGGUAAUAUCCCUCCAAGCUUGGGAAAUUACAAAAAGCUACUAGACUUAGGUCUUUCCGAUAACAAUCUUACCGGUCUCAUACCUCCACAAAUAUUUGAAAUUUCUUCAUUAUCAAUAGGACUUGAUUUAUCUUCCAAUCGGUUGCAUGGUCCCAUUCCUAACCAAGUAGGAAACUUGAAACAACUGGGACAAUUAUAUCUUGAUAACAACAUGUUAUCAGGAAACAUUCCUAGUGAUCUUGGUGGUUGCGUGAGUCUAGAGGCAUUAUCAAUCGGUCACAACUUCUUUCAAGGGCCGAUUCCUUCUUCUUUAAGCGUAUUGAGAGGCCUUCAAUUCUUGAAUCUAUCCUACAACAAUUUUUCAGGAAAGGUUCCAAGUUUCUUGAAGAACCUCAGUUUAUUAUCGUUGGAUAUUUCGUAUAAUGAUUUUGAAGGUAUGGUCCCAAUAGAAGGAAUUUUCAAGAAUACAAGUGCAACGUCAAUAGUCGGAAACAAAAGAUUAUGUGGUGGCGUGAGUGGUCUUGCACUCCCUACAUGCAAAUCUGAUCGAGAACCGAAAAGGAAACGACAACGAACCGCGAUCUUUGUAGUUUCAGCUUUUGCAGGAGUAAUAGCAUUACUACUUGUGGUCUUUUAUCUUUGGUUUUCAAAGAAGAGGAGAAAAGAUUCUCCGUCAUGCGAUUUUGAGAAAGCUAGUAUAUUGAGAGUGUCUUAUCAGAAUCUUUUUGAAGCCACAAAUGAAUUUUCUUUAGAUAAUUUAAUUGGCUCUGGUGGAUUUGGAUCUGUGUAUAAAGGAAUUCUUGAGCAAGAAGGACUUGUAAUUGCUGUAAAAGUGUUUAAUCUUAUGCGACGAGGAGCAUCCAAAAGUUUUUUAGCUGAAUGUGAGGUUUUAAGGAAUGUGAGACACCGAAAUCUUGUCAAAGUACUCAGUGCUUGUUCUAGUGUUGACUAUGGCAACAAUGAUUUCAAAGCUUUGGUUUACGAGUUCAUGGAUAAUGGGAGCUUAGAUGAUUGGUUGCAUCCAACUCAUCAUCCGAAGAAUUUAAGCAUUAUUCAAAGAUUUAAUAUUGUGAUAGAUGUAGCUUGUGCACUUGAGUAUCUCCACUGUCAUUCAGGAACAUUGCCGAUUGUUCAUUGUGAUGUGAAACCAAGCAACGUUCUUCUUGAUAAAGAAAUGAUUGCGCAUGUAGGUGACUUUGGGUUAGUCAAGUUCCUUAAUAAGGAGAUGCUUCAUUCUACUUCAAAUCAUUCCAGCUCUCUUGCAACUAUAGGAACCAUUGGUUACUUCCCUCCAGAGUAUGGCUUGGGAAAUGAUGCAUCAACAGCAGGUGACAUAUUUAGCUUUGGCAUACUCUUGUUGGAGAUGUUCACAGGAAAGAGACCAACCGACGGUACGUUUAAAGAGGGACUAAGCCUCCACAAUUUUGUCGAAAGAGCUUUGUCUGAUCCUGAGCAAGUGACAGAAAUUAUUGAUCCCAACCUUUUUCAAAUUGAAGAAGCGAGAUUGAGUCAUUUUCAUUAUUCCAAAACCGAGAUGAGAAAAAGUGGACUUAUUGAAUGCUUGAAUUCAGUAUUUGAAAUUGGAAUAUUAUGUUCUUUUGAAGCACCACAAGAGCGCUUGAAUAUUGCUGAUGUUGUUACUCAACUCUCUUCUAUCAAAAACAAACUACAAAUGACUACAAGUAAUUAAAAAAUUUCACCUCAGGUUGAAUAUGAAAGGACAUAGAAUGCGAUCGAGUUGAUAUGAAGCAUGCAUGAGAUGUUUAUGAAGUAAUCUUGCAUUGGGACAAUAAGCUAGACUUGUACGACUAUGUAACUAUUAUCAAUAAUUUUGUAUUAAUCUGGUGUUAUUUUUAGAAAUGCGAGAGGGUUUGCAGAGGUUCUUUCGCUUUUCCUAUUGGCUCUAGUUUUGCUAUCACUGCUGAAAUGAAAGCGAUUAUUUUUGCAAUAAAAAAAGCUUGGGAGAAAAGUUGGUUAAACCUAUGGCUGGAAUCGGACUUUAUGUACGUAGUCCAUUUUCUCUGCAACA